AUGCAGAUCUUUGUGGAAACUCUGUCCGGCAAAACCAUAACGCUCGACGUCGAAUCCAGCGACUCCCCCGAAUACGUCAAGGCUAAGAUUCACGACAAGGAAGGAAUCCCACCGGACGAACAACGUUUGAUUUUCGCCGACAAACAGCUUGAAGAUGGCAGCCAAACUCUCGCCGAUUACUGCAUUCACAACGGUUGCACUUUGCAUUUGGUUGGGAGGCUUCAGGGUGGUGUCGUUGUGAACUCGUCUAUUAAACAGAAGUAUCCCCCACAUCUCAAGGCAUUGGCUCAGAAGUUCAGACAGAAGAAGUUGAUUUGUCGAAAGUGUUACGCUCGUCUGCCGCUUCGAGCCGUCAACUGUAGGAAGAAAAAAUGUGGACACAGCAACGAGUUGCGGCCGAAGUCGGACAAGGGCAAGUUUCUUUGA